CGUUGCGAACCCGAUGGUCUGGAUUUUUGACCUGGUUACAUGCACAUUGGACAACACAGCAGCUUUUCGGCAGGAUUUGUUAUUUCUGUAUAACAAUAAAUCGGCAACGAAGUUGGCUCUUACGAUUGGUUGCAAUAUGAAAGAAUGUUGCUUUUCCCCCAAUUUUCGUGUGUGGUCAAGGGGAUUUCCUUAUUAUUACAUGAUAAUCGACUAGGGGGAAACGGUAGGCUAGAGCACGUGGACUGUGUAGUUUGAUGGGAUGGCACGCCCCUGGAAUACCAUGACAGAUGAUUGGUGGAGCGGCUUUACGAUGAACGCACUAAUGGCACCCGGAAUGCAUAGUCGGGCAAGGCGCGGAGCAUCCUAUCGGAAAAGAUACCACUGUCCGUGUCCAUGACAUUUUUAAUCUAAAGUGGUUCAAAUAGUAUUUUCAACGGGUGCAGGGGAAGAAUUCGCGUUGGAGAGCAAGUCUCCCGAAGUCCAGCAUAUAGACACCAAGCAUAGAGGCCGAUGCAGUAGUCUGUCGCCAUGGCCUCAGAUGCAAGUCACAUGUUGGAGGCGGCCUUGGAGCAAAUGGAUGACAUCAUUGCAGGCUCCAAGGCUGCAGCCGAGUACACCAACGGCCUGUUUGAGCUGGGCUCCCCGGGCAGCGCGGGACCCCUGCAGGUGCUGCAGCUGGUUGAGGACCUGAGGCUGGCCCUGGAGCUGCAGCCCAGAGAGGAGGAGAGGGACACCCUGAGGGCCCAGGUCCCCAGUGGCACCGCUCACAUGCUCAUGGACUGGCUGGACAUAGACAGAUGCUCAGAAAGGGUCUCGGUUAACCUCUGCUCCCCGGUGAACAAUGAGAGCUAUCAGGAGCGGCUGGUUCGCUUAGAGGGGGACAAAGAGUCUCUGGUGCUCCAGGUGAGCGUGCUCACAGACCAAGUGGAGGCCCAGGGAGAGAAGAUCCGAGACCUGGAGACCUCUCUGGAGGAGCACUACCACAAACUCAACUCCACUGAGGAAAUGCUACAGCAGGAGCUGCUGAGCCGGACCUCAUUGGAGACCCAGAAACUGGAUCUAAUGGAUGAGGUUUCCUACCUGAAACUGAAGCUGGUCGACAUGGACGAGGAACAGAACCACAACGACAACAGCGAGGACCAGCAGAACAAAGCUGAGUGUGUGGUAAAUCUGAUUAGCGAGCUCCAGGAGCAGAUGUGUAGGUUUCAGGAGGAGAUCCAUACCCAGAUCAUGGAGAAACGGGCCAUGGAGGCCCAGGGGGAGAGUGGUGCCCGCAAGGCCUACGACCAGUGCCCCGACGUGGGCUUGGUUGGCUCUGACGUGGAGGAGUUUUGCUGUCGCUGUGGAGGACAGAAUGGCUUCCUGCAAGAACUCCGGUUUCUCAAGAGUAAAGUGGAUGAGCUGGAGGGGGAGAAAUCGCAGUAUGAGAAAAAACUAAAGGCCACAAAGCUGUCUAUCUCUUACUCUCUCCAUGUGUGUUACCAGUCGCUCUUGUCCAAGCUCUCUAGCCUGAAGCUCACUGUAGAGCACACUCAGGUGGAGAAGCAGCACUGGGAGGAGCGAUGGCGGACUGCUCAGGCAGAGAUAGCAGACCUACAGCAGAUGCUGGCCUCCAAAGACUCUGCGAUUGAGGGCCUACAGAGCCAGCUGGUCUCCAGAGGCCCAAUGACCAAUGAGAACCCAGAGAGAGUAGAGGAGGUGUAUAGGAGACAGCUGACAGACAAAUACCAAGAAUUGCAAAGGUUGAAAAUGGGGAUGGAGUCUUUGGUAGCAACUAACAAUGAGAAAGACCGUCACAUAGAGGAGCUGACUGUUCUCCUGGGCCAGUACAGGAAGAUGAAGGAGGUGAUGGCCCUCACUCAAGUGUCCAGUGAGAAGCUCCUGGUUGGGAGCAGUGAGGAGGAACUGAGUGGGAGUCUGAAGAUGAGGGCUAUCACCCAUAAAGCUCAUUCACAUAUCAUCCGGUCAGCGAUGUCUUCUAGAGGCUCCUCUCCCCUGUUAGUGUCUCCCUCAUCCUUCCAGAAAGAGCUGGACUCCAGCUGCCGCAGUAUCCAGACCUCCCUGAAGACGUCAAUGGUGAUGGUCUCCCAGAGUGAUGCUGGCUGCUACUACAACGGAGAAUGGUCCCAACCACGGAUGCUUUCAAGUAGCCUGGAGGAGUUACAAAGUGGAUCGUUACCAAAGCAUGUAGUGGUGGGUCAACCAGUUGAACCGGUUUCAGAGAAUCAGCACAUGGAAAUGAACAAAUAUCAGACCCUACCAGGGAAGCUGUCUCGACCUGACAUGAAUGGGGAUCGAGAGCAGUAUUCUACACCAGACCAGCUGUCCCCUGACGAUAGCGAGGACAGUGAGUUUCACCUAAACCGCUGCAGGAGUGCCAGUGCUCCAGCUUUAGGAUCUUGUGGAAAGCAUGAUCUGUUUGAUAUGGGAAAGUCGGAGAGACUGGAUGAGUCCACGCUGUCAGACUUGUCUCCCCUGUCGUCUGGAGUGGACUCAGGACAGCAGUCCCCUGUCUCUCCAGAGAACAAGAAAAACCACCGGGGCAUCAAGAAGCUCUGGGGAAAGAUAAGGAAGACCCAGUCUGGCAGCCUGCAGGGAGAGGACCUUGAGCCUGGAGAGUUUAAGAGGGGGGGACUGAGAGCCACCGCCGGCCCUCGCCUGGCCCGGGCCGGAGAGACAUUGACCUCUGUGCGGGAUCUGAAGACGCCCUUCUCCAAGUGGACUCCGGAGCAGGUGUGUUGCUGGCUGGAAGAGUAUGGGCUGGGCCAGUAUGUGAUUCUGGCCCGACACUGGGCCGACAGCGGGCAAACUCUCCUCUCUGCUUCACCACAGGAUUUAGAGAAGGAGAUGGGGAUUAAGAAUCCACUGCACAGAAAGAAGCUGCAGUUGGCCCUGAAGUCGUUCAGCACCAAACUGACAGAGAAAUCAUCUGAACUGGACCACAUCUGGGUCACACGUUGGCUUGAUGAUAUUGGUUUACCUCAGUACAAGGAUCAGUUUCACCAGGGAAGGGUAGACGGCAGAAUGCUUCAGUACUUGACAGUGAACAACCUCUUGUUCCUGAAAGUGACCAGUCAGCUCCAUCACCUCAGUGUGAAGUGUGCUAUCCACGUCCUCCACGUCAACAAGUUCAACCCCAACUGCCUGAAGAGAAGGCCUGGGGAUGAGAACAAGACGUCUCCCUCUGAGGUGGUUCAGUGGUCUAACCACAGGGUGAUGGAGUGGCUUCGCUCGGUGGACCUGGCGGAGUACGCUCCCAACCUGAGGGGCAGCGGGGUGCACGGGGGCCUUAUCAUUCUGGAGCCUCGUUUUAACUCAGACACCCUGGCCAUGCUGCUAAACAUCCCCCCUCAGAAGACCCUGCUGCGACGCCACCUGGCCACCAACUUCAACAUGCUGGUGGGCUCCCAGGCUCAGCAGGAGAAGAGGGAGUUCAUGGAGUCGUCUGGCUACACUCCCCUCAGCACCACAGCCAAAGUCAGGCCAAAGAAGUUGGGCUUCUCUAACUUUGGCCACCUGAGGAAGAAGAGAUGUGACGACUCGACUGACUACAUCUGCCCCCUGGAGGCGGCCCAGGCCCAGGCUCAGCUCCAGGCGGUGGUGAACGGGGCCCACCGGCCCUACUCCGGCUUCAGGGGCCUCAGCCCAAUCCUGGACAGAGACCCAGACAGACGAGAGCAGAUGGCGGUGACAGAGGGGACCGUACUGCAGAUAGAAGCUCUUUCUGAGGGAAUAAACCAACUCACAGGUUUCAGAGAGGAGAGAGGGGCUGGAGCUGUUCCAAACAUCAAAGGCAGACCCAUACUGGUCAUAAGGGAAACCACCCUCUGACCUAAUCCUGUAGACAUGGGGAAGAUAGAGAGCAAACAACCAGCCCUGGACAUUCCCAAGAUAAUCUCAACCUGGUGGGAGAAGCCACCAGCCUCGACCAUGACCAUUCCCAACAUGAACUUCAAUUUCUCAACCCUGUGGGGGAGGAGAGAGAGCAAGCCACUAGCCUCGGACAUACCCAGUGUAUUAUCCACCCUGUGGAGAAUCCUCAACAAGCCCAACGAUUUUGUCCCUCUAUCCAAAUACUGUGUGGGGAUAGCUGCCGCCAGGACCCAGGAGUACCUCCUGUUUCGCGGGACCCAGAGGACAUGUUCCAGCCCCACAGCCCUCAACGAGAUCUUCCUAAUAACCUACAUUACCCAGAGCAGCCACCUCCACAUGACCGACUCCUCCAACUGCACCGCAAUGACAAAGCAGCAGGGCAUCUUUCUGGGUGCUGACUGGGUGUGGACUGUGCUGGAGAGGCCCACCAAGAACCCCCACAUCUAGAUAGCCGUGCAGAUCCCCCCCCCCCCCCCCCGGAGGUAUAUACUGAAUCCAAGCAAGAUGGCCAAGACGGAGUCUGCUAAUAGGAACAAGGCAGAGAGGAUGGUGGAUUUGUGCGUCUCCAUCGGUGAUGACUGCUACUCCCUCUUUCUCCUAUUUGGCCGCAAGGCACCGGCAACAUCUAUGGGGUGCUGAGAAACAAAUGUCACAAUGCUAUAGGAAGACUAAGGACAACCGGGCACUCAUUGAGAAUUUCUUUAAAAGGGUCCAGGUUCUUGCAUACGCCGCCCACAGGAACGCUACAGGCUUUUGUCACCAAGAGAGACAGUGACCCUUUAACUCUGCUCAUCAAGUUUACUUGACCAGUAUGAUCGAUGACCGUGCAACCAUUUGUUACAUUUCUCUGUGUCUACUGUAGUGUUUCAAAUGGGGGGGGGGGGGGGGGGGGGGACAGUUGUGCUUGGUGGGUUUAUGCUUGCCUGGGACUCGGGGACCCAGUGUGCUGAAAUUGGCCUAUGUCCAUGUCUCAUGUGUAAACUACUGACCCAUGCCUGCUGGCAGCUGCUCACACCCCUUGUGUUUAGUAUUUAUUUUAAUGGGCUUAACAUUUCACUGGCAACGCACCAGUGUGGGAUUUCUCUUAUCACUACCAAAUGACAUUAAAACCUUUCUACAGCUUACAAUACAGCAAAUAUGAUUUGCCAUAAAAUAUUUUAUUUUCUAUGAUGGAUUUAAUGACUGAUCACAUUGUGAUAUCUUCACCCAUAACAUGAUUCUAAGUCAGUGACUGUUCAUUUGAUUAAGGUGGAUUCUUUUUUGUUAAAAGUAGUGAAACAAAAAUCAAAAAAAGAGGAUGGAGUUGGAAAAUAAAUAAAAUAUGUAUUUCUGGA